UUGGAUACUAUUAUCUUGGCCACGUCCCCAAGCCACGUCGCGCUUUACUCGCCAUUUUCCCAUCUUCUGGACCCAGAAACGGUUUAUUCUAGCAUCACGGUGUCAUUCAGCGCUGUCGGGGAAGAAAAAUAACCGUUACCGGAGACCAGCAGAGUUCUUCCUAGGAUCUAGAACCGGACUGCUACUAGCGGCGUUCCUGCAAACAUGAAUAUUUUCAGGCUAACCGGCGACCUCUCCCACCUAGCAGCUAUCAUCAUCCUGCUGCUAAAAAUAUGGAAAACCAGGUCUUGUGCCGGUAUUUCUGGAAAGAGUCAGGUCCUGUUUGCCUUGGUGUUCACCACUCGCUACCUUGAUCUGCUCACAUCUUUCAUCUCUCUCUACAACACCACCAUGAAGAUCAUCUACAUCGGAUGUUCAUAUGCCACUGUGUACCUGAUCUACAUGAAGUUCAAGGCAACUUAUGAUGGGAACCACGACACGUUCAGAGUGGAGUUCCUGGUCGUCCCUGUUGGUGGUCUGGCUUUCCUGGUUAACCAUGACUUCUCUCCUCUGGAGAUCCUGUGGACGUUUUCUAUCUACCUGGAGUCAGUGGCCAUACUGCCUCAGCUCUUCAUGAUCAGUAAGACGGGAGAAGCUGAGACCAUCACCACCCACUAUCUGUUCUUCCUGGGACUCUACAGAGCCCUCUACCUCAUCAACUGGAUAUGGAGGUUCUACUUUGAGGGGUUCUUUGACAUGAUCGCCAUCGUUGCUGGAGUGGUGCAGACCAUCCUCUACUGCGACUUCUUCUAUUUGUAUGUAACAAAAGUACUGAAAGGAAAGAAGCUCAGUCUGCCAGCCUAAGUGCCAAAGAGGAGAGUUUUGGCAGACUAAAAUUGGGGGCUUGGAGGGGAGGAGGAGGGGCAGAAGACACCUGACGGCCCCACACCCCCAUCAUCUGAAAUCGCCUCCUCCUCUUCCCCUCCCACCAGUGUAAGAUGCCUGAGACAGAGAGAACGCGGGAGCCGCUGGCUGAUCCAGAAUCAGUGGAAUCGAACACCUCCGGCGGCUGCUCCACGGCCUGCAGAUUUCUGUUUGAUGCAUCUUGCCUUAACUUUUUUUUAUUACUCUGUAUAAAGGAAAAAAAAAGCGAGCAAUGUUUUCUACAUAAAAAUGUGUACUCUGGAGAUUCGACACAUUGGUGAAUAAGAGCUCAAGAGGUAAAAUUGCCUGUGAUUUGGCACUGUGUGAUUAUAGAAGCAGACUUCUUGUGGUGGGUUAUUAUUGAGCGUUUGUGAUGGUAAUUGCUAUCAAAAUAAAAGCUUUGUUUUUUUUUUAAUAUCACUGGGGAGACGUGUUUAAUCCCAUAACUUUGGUCGUUCUGAUUUUGGCCAGUAUGCUUUCACAUUUACAAAGACUUUCUUUAUGCUGCCCUGAAUAAUAGAUGCCAUAAAUUGAUGUUCUUUUUCAAAAUUAAAGCAGUUCUGGUGUAACUUGAUUGAUUUUAGUUCAGAUGCUGUCAGAUAUGAUGAGCAUUAUCUCCUCAGUGUAUCGCUCCAUAUGAAGCACAAUGCUUAUUAGGGGUAAAUGUGGAAUGAAAACAAAGGUCUGAAGAAAGUGAUGAAUUCUUAUCACCGUAAAUUGAUACAUUAAUUAAAAUAAAUCAUUAUGAGUGCGCUGUCCCACCUGUAAUUACACAUCAUUUCAGAUCCUUUUAUAUGUUUGAGAUGCAUAAACUCACCGGUGAUGUGCUGUAUGUGAAGUCUCACUACAGAGGUCUUUUUCUUUUAGCUGCAGAUGUAUUUAUUUUUUAUCUUCCUGCUGGUUUCCAAUAAACAAAGUCUGUAGAAAUGUC